AUGGCGAAGAAAGGCAAAAAGGCGAAAGCUGCUGCCGCUGCCGCUGCUGCCGCUACACAGCAGGUAGCCCCAAUUACUACAACCGCCGCCGAUAUUGAUCAACAGCUUCGUCGAAACAGAGAACUCUUCGACAAGACCCAUCCCGAAGCUGUGCAUGGCCUCGAAAAGAGCGGUUCAUCCUCGUUUUCUCUGCCUAGCUCACCUGUGAUUAAGGCUUCACCUAGCACUCAGCCCAGUCCUGCAUUGUCAGCGUCGGCGACGCAAGCUGCUGACGAGAACUUCAAGCCGCUAUCUUUGCCUCCACUGAAUAUCAGCGAAGUCCUCGUUCCGGGAAUUGUGCCGGACAUUGACUGGUCUGUAUUUGACGCGCAACCUAAUCGUGGUAAGAGGAGGGCGAAAGUAAAGGUAGUGGCACCCAGACUCGAAAAUUCUUCGCUAGAGCCAAGCUCCAGUGUUGAAACUGCUGAACCCGCGCAAUCUCAAUCUGAAGAGAAGCCUCAAGUGUUUGAGGAGAAUCCCGAGGCUCCUGAGGAGAAGCUAGAAGUUCCUGAGGAGAAACCUCAAUUCUUCGAGGAGAAUCCCGACGCUCGUGAGGAGAAGCUAGAAGUUCCUCAGGAGAAUCUAGAAGCUCCUGAGGAGAAAAGUUCCUGA